AUGGUUGUCGUCAACAAGCGACUUUGCCUCCUUCUUCCUGCCUGCACACUUUACCAACUUCGCUUGCUUGCUCUCUCCAUCCCCUUCUCUACUUUCUCCACCGCUCAUGGCGCUGACGUUGCUCUCAUGACUCCCCAUCCGCGGCCCCCGACACCUUGCGACUAUGGACACUCUAACCAAAAUGCGACUCCCAUUCCUAUCCCCGACAUCAUCGUUGCCUUCCCCGACUCUCUGGAGGGCCCCAACUACUACGGCAACUACAACGACUUCUACUGCGGCUCUGAGUUCACUUCGACAUCGACAACAUUAUCUUCUCUCACGCGUCUUGGCUCUUUUCGCCGUCUCACUCGUAGCUCGUCAAGCUUAGGACCGAAAUCUGGGCAGAGGGGCCGCGCUUACAGCACCGGGGCAACGACCGGCCUUGGCGACUUUGCUGAAGCGGCCCGAGACGCCAUGGCCGAAAAAAGGAGGCCAUGGGGGCGGACAGGUUCUUUCCGAACCUCCGGGGUCGACUCCAGGCGUGCGCCACCGCCGCCUGAUGAUGACGAGCUCGAUGGCUAUGUCCCAUACCGCCCACCGUAUGUAUCACAGCCCACCCCAUCCACGAGCCAGCCCAUCGUGAUCAAGCCGUCGGGUGCCCAGGGGAUCGGCUUAGCCCCUAAGCGGACACCUCCUAAGCAUGGUCGCCCUCCGAUCUCAAAGAAACCCAGCUUUUUCCGCAAACUGCUGGGCACCACCCGCAACGACAGGUCCAAGUUGAUAUCAGCCUCAACGCCGUCUCUUAGCUUGCAGGAGAAGGGCGAUCGACCGCAUUACCACCAGCAUCAGCAUCAGCACUAUCAUUACCAACGACACGGACGGCAGCCUUCUCAGUCUUCAACGCAGUUCUAUCAAGCCAACACCUUCAACGGGAGACAUUACCAAACAAGGCGGCAUGACGCCCGAAACAUCCCUUCUGUCGGAACAGGAUUGUCCGGUCCUUCUGUUCUGUUUUCUCCUCUUACCCGCAACAGCAGUGUUCGCCACAGCGUUCGAAACGGAUCGACGGGCGGCUCGAACGUGAGCAAUCUGAACGUCGCGCUUCUGGGCGACUCCUCAAACAUGAACAUUCAGCCCUCAACGAACCACCAUCUUUACGCCAGCACGCCCAAUCUGAUCGAUAUGUCCGAAAAGCAGUCUCAACCUGCGCAUGACUGGCGACACACGAGAGAGCACAGGCGACCGGGAGCUAGCAUUUCCCACUCGCAAGCCCCAACGACGCCGCCCACGCGCAGGAGGUCAUUGCGCCGUGGUGACUCGACGUUGUCCCUGCACAGUGAAGGGUCGCGGUCUCGUUUGGCAGUUAGUACCAUGUGUGACGCCUUGACAUUCCCUCGACCCCGAAUGUACGCCCACGAAGUGACUCCCCCCGACUCCCCCACCGACGAUGAAGCCCUGAGCACUCAAGCCACUGCAAACAUCAACGAGUUCAAGCAGGCGAUGCACGCGACCGUGUCGCGGAAUACGGAGCGCGAAGAUUGGGCGGCUAUCACACGGCGACCAAGUGGCAGCAGCAUGCACCGCAAGAGCUCUAGCUGGAGCCGUGGGUCCGACUGCUCUCACUCGCAGCCUUCGAUCAUCAAUGGCCCCCCGUCCGCCUUCACGACGCCCAGAAAGCACAACCGCACGCCCUCUCGGGAACGUAGCCGCGAUCGAAGCGAGCGCGACUAUGGGGAGCGGAUCUACCCCCAGCGCACGAACUCUGUCGCGGGCUCGCUCAGGUCAUUCUUCAUUGGCUCUAGUAGUAAUGCGCACUCGGAAGACGACUUGCUCGGCGGCGGGGGCAGGCGAUCGCGUCCAAGCUCACGUAUGUCUUACAGUGACACUGAACAAAGUUCAAACCUGCAUUCGGGUCCAGUUCGACCCGGUUCUGCCUCUUCGGGGCAUAGCCUCACCAUCAUCGGCAGCUCGCGUGGACUGCCUAAGAGCACGAGUACGCCAUCUCUUGUGCCCCACAAGACGCCUAAGUCGACAGGCCAUACCCCGAGGAGGUCGAAGAGUCACCGGCACUCGCGACGUCAUUCUCGCAAUGAUUCGGGACCGCAGUAUGUGCCACCGCCUCCUGUCAUCCGUCAUGCUGGACCACCGCGCGCCUUCCAGUUCCACCUGCAAUCAGCUGCCAGGGCACACACUGGGGUAGUUACCAUUGGAGGGACUUCUCAGGAACGCACCACUCGACACUUCCGCCCUCCUCCACCCCCUCCAGUUUCAGCGCGUCCAGUUGAUUUCGCCCAGGCAAGAUUACGACGUCCGCAAUCAACAGAGCCUCCCGUGCAGCGCCGCAACAGGCCGCGUCGUUUAUCUUCUCCCGUCAACCUUGACCGCCCUCCUGUCCAGAUGGUCAGCAUCAAGGCUGCCCCAGAUGAAGAGAUUGGCGUGGCAAUCACGACCGAUCGUGAUCAGCCAUUACGUUCGCCUGUUCGCCGGCGUCUUGACGCCGAUGACGACUCCGCAUCGGCUCAUGCGCGGUACUUGGCAGCACGCCAGCAGCGGCAGAAUGCUUCUCUGCCCUCGCUUCUCUCGGAUGGUCCUGUCACUCCGACCGCUGAUCGCCAGGUCUUACCUCCUGCGAAGUCUCAGACAGGCUCUGGACCGUUCCAGUUCCAGUCUUCGACUUCUUCGGUCGUUCCUGUCUCGCCCAAGGAGCCUCGGCGAUCACUUGAGAGGAAGGACCGCUUCUUAUCCACCUCUGAUGUACCGCCUGUUCCUUCGCUCCAGGCCAGCUGGUACGCCGCGCACGCGCGGUCUCCGAGUACCCCGCCUCUAUCUACGCAGUCGGUGGUCAACAUCCCCGCUGAGACUGAAGUGGGCCCGUCUUCGCCCAUGAAAGUGGCUGGCAAGGGCUCUGAACGAGGAUCGAUUUUAUCCGAGAAGCCCAUACACACCCUCUCGACGCCGACUGCCUCUUCCUCUUAUCCUGAGUCGCCCACCGAAUCCUCGGUGCUUCAGUCUCUGGACUCGCCGACAAUUAGUCCCUUCGCGGACGUACAUCGCGCUCCAGCUUCUGCCCCGGCUAGGAUUCCUCCCCGCCGCGCCCCUCCAACACAUCCUCCGCCCCCUGCGCCGAUCUUCGCGCCUUCACAUUCUCGCAACAACUCCCAAUCGCGUUCAGGAUCGUCCUGGAAGUUCAAUGCCCCGUCUGUUUCGAGCGGAUCUCAGCACAGCCAGAAUGUGGUGACUCCCGCCCGUUCUAAGGCGAUGACCGCCAACAUGACGCCUCUGGGCUUCCUUGCCGCUUCCUCUCCGCCCAAAUCGACGCGUGAGCUCACCCCCGAGGAUCAGGAGCCUGCGAUGGAGGAGUCGCCGGAAGGCACUCAGCCACGAUCGGACACUCCGCCGCCGAAGCAGCGUGAGACGCUCAUGGACGAGUCGCCCACGCCCAUCAGGACGUUCCGAGUUCAGGCCCUCGCCCCUCCCCGACCUUCUCCCUCGGCUGCUGCGUCCUUCGCCGCUCAGCAGGCGGCCACCCCUGUUUCAUCGAGCCUUCCUGCUGCCCAACCCUCAUCACCGAUGGUUCCCCUCUCGCCCACAACCCCGCUCGGAAACCGCCUCAACAUGGGUUCAACGACUUCACUCGUGCCUGGGCCGGCUAUGCCGGACUCGCUUCCUGAUUCUUCGCCGCUCAUCGGUCAGGUAUCGCCGGUCUCGGUGUCGCAGCCUCUGGCUUCGCCCGCACCGGAGACCCCCACGUUUGGCGCGGAACGCAGUCGGUCAAACGACUCGAUCAGCACCACCACCUCCGUCGCUAUGCCUUCCCUCAGUGGCCGUACGCCGGAGAGCGCUGAGCGGCCCCCCGCUGCUGCUGCUGCCAUUCUCAAGCGGCGCGGUCAGGGGAGCCUUUCCAUCCAGACCAGCCCCUCUACCGACCGCAUCCGUCAGGACCAUCGUCAUCUGAGUGUUACCCGGUCUCUCACUCCUGACUCGAUUGCGAGGUCUAUUGCGGCCUCGGAAAUGAGCGAAACUACUCUUCCUGACCUCUUCCCUCCACCCGAGGAGUCAGAAGCCUCCCACUACUCGUCUGCCAUGGAGGACAGCGGUUCUGUGGACACUCAUGAUCCCGCGCCUGAGGAGUUUUUCACCCCCACCAUCGAGGAGCAACAGCCAAUGUUCCCGGACUUCCGCCUGUCUUCCAUCGAGCUGGCCCUCGAGCCGUUCCCUGAGCCUCCAACACCAGCUGAACGUGAUCGGCCCUUGCCUCCUCUGCCUGCUCUCGGAACACGGAGCGUUCUUGGCAUUUCCAACGCCACUCCAGGUCCAAGCCGCCCGUCUACCGCUCGUGCCCAAUCCUCGGGCGCCGUUACAACCCUUAGUCAAAAGAGCUCUAAUCAGUCUAUUCGCUUCGCAGCCUCUGUGAAGCAGCAGGAAGAGAAGCGCUCCGUCUCGGGACCGAGGGAAGUCCUCGAGAACCUGCUGCACACUCCCCGUGCGCUCUCACGGCGCAGUUCUGGCCACUCUACUGCGCACUCGACUGCAUUUGAGUAUGACAAGCGCAGCUCGCUCGCCUCGCUGUCAUCCGGGAGUGAGGGCUCCAUGCGCCCUAGUUUGGAUGGAGACUUUAACGGAUUGUUCUUCCGAGCUCCCCCUGUCCCUGCGCCACUUGGCCAUCCUUUCAACCGCAACUCCCAGCACUCUCAGAAGCGGCUGUCCGCAUCAUCUUCGGCUUCAGGUUCUGUCAUUGCUCCUCUAGCCUCUGUCAAGCGGACCCCUGUCAUCGAGCAGUUGAACGAGCCUCGCUCGGCCAUCACUGACUCGCCUUUCGUCGGAGGCAGCGAGGGCACUCCCGAGUUGCGCACUCCCCUUACAGGCGAUCCCCAUUUUGGUCGCACGCUUCCUACGCCUCCUCAUCCGCCUUCGCCCCGAGCUUCUCCCCCCAGGGUGACGCUCGACAUGAGUGUGCUCGAAAGUCCGCCACGAACCACCUCAUAUGAGCCACGCGGCGAAAUCGACAUUAGCGCCUCACCUGUUCCCGCUCCCGCCCGCCAACUAGACGAGCACUCGUGGAUCACCGAAUGCUAUCCCAGCAGUCUGCGGUAG